AUGAAAUCCCUAAAGACAAUGUAUCCGAAGGCAAAAAGUCGUUAGAGGUAGCUGCGGCCGUUGGUGUUUUUGGUCGUGGAACGGACUGUCGCUUUGAUGGCAUCGGUAUAGCUGUAGAUGAAUAA